AGGAGUCGCCCGUAUCAGCGAGCGCUCUAUCGCUAAUAUGUGACCCAGCGAUGAAUAAAAUAUCGCACAAUAAAAGUCUCACAAUUUCUGUUGGCUGGGAUUGUUAUCGAAAGAAAGCCGAUUGUUGAUUUUUAAGCUGAAAAGUUCCCAUGCUGCGGCUGACAGAAUAAAGUGCUACACCUUAUUGAACGAGCGAAAGCAUUUGCAUUGAUUGACUUUCUUCCUGUAUGGCAGUUUCCUUCACACUUGAGGAGAGCCUUUUCAUCGAGAAAGAGGUAGCUUCAGAAGUGAAGGAGUAUUUGCUGGGAGGAUGUCGUGAAGAAUCACGGGGUUUUGUAAAAAGAACUGUAAGUACCAGCAGUGACGAGGACGCUGCCCGAGAUACCGAAAAGCCUGCCGGAGUGCGUGAUUGGGAUUUCUUAGCCGAAGAGGAGCCUCUAAACAGCGUCGUAGACAAUGAUGCUUCACCACUCAGUUGGCUCUCUCAGUGUUUUCUGGUCACAUAUAAUUCACUUGACUACAUGUUGCUGGUAAAUCGUCAAAGAUUUGCUCUUCUAAAUAGGUCUGUGUUAGAUCCAAAACAGUUUGAAAUAGUAUGUUUGAAGGAACUAGGUGACGAGCUAGGAUUUGCAGAAGAGGAUACAAUAACUUGCGGUUGCCUGUUUGGACUUGGUACCCACAGGGUGACAGAAACGCUUGAUUGCCUUAUAGUGGCACUUGGAAUGUCCAAUGGACACGUCGUUUUCUUCACUGACCAUGGUGUACUAUUAUUCUUCGAACAGUUCGCCAAAGAUGACGUUUUAUCUUUAUCUUUUGUGCGGACUGACGAUAGCCAACAAUUUACCGUUGUUACUUCUGCCGACUUUUUUGCUGUCGAACCUAUCAGUCUCCAUUCUACUCUUUUGAAAGCCAAAUCAGCGAUCGCCAAACGAGAAAUGAAGGCAGAGGAGCUUUCGAAAACGCUCGAACUUGAUGUGGACCAUAUGAAGCCUGAGAAAGGUGCAAAUGGUUUGCGCCAUGUCCUGUUCACAGGUGUUCACCAGCCAUCAGCUUUUGAACUAUACUCCACAGCAUCGUUCUCUUCAUAUAACGAAACGAUACGCAGUUCUGUGCCUCCACUUUAUUCAAUGUAUCUUUACACUUCUGACAGAAUAUUUUCGACUUUUGCUUGGACAACUGAUAGCGAUAGGAGGAAAAUAUGGGCUGAAGCAGUCAAGUAUGGUAAAUCGUUUGUCCCGCAUUUUGGCUUGCGUGACAUGCUUGGCUUCUCCAGCAAACCGCGCAAGAAAGCAGCGUUUGCUCAAGAAUCUUAUACAAUCACUACACGAGGAGCACUAGGAGAUUCUCGCCUCGCAGUUGAAAUUGCCCUAGAAGCAUCACGUGGCUUAGUGGCUGUUGUAGACCAUGUAGCUAGAGUGGUGCUUAUUGAUGUUUUGAAUCGCCAGAUAAUUCGUAUCUGGAAGGGAUAUAGAGAUGCUUCUGUUGCAUGGGUCACUUCAGUAGAUAAUAAGCAAACCGCCCUUUUUCUUGCAAUCUUCGCUCCUCGUCGUUCCUUGCUUGAAGUGUGGAAUGUGCAGAGUGGUGUAAGAGUGGGGGCAGUUCAUGUGGAUCCCGUUGGUGUAUUGUUGGACGGAGGGAGUGCUGCAGUUUUAUGUGGAACGCAUAGCUCUCUUUAUGAGCGCGAUGCAUAUUUUGUUGAUAGUCAGGGUAAGUUUUGCCGCCUAAUAGUGCCUUUCCAUCUCUCGAUGUUACGCAUCACUUCGCAAGAUCAACACGAUCAAUUACUUCUAUCAAAGUUUUCGCCCUCUUCCGAUAUAAGCUCCUUCCUGCCGCUGUUUUCCACACUGCGUUUACAGAAGUCGAAGAGGGAACUUCUUUUGAUGGUUCUACCUUACGUUACGGAACCUCGUAUACUUCAGUCUAUCCUGAAUGGUAUUGGAAAGUCUGAAAUUGGAGCGGGUCCGCUAAAAGAUCUUGUCGCUCUAUUGAAACGACUUCUGGGCUUAUACAACAAACUAUUUGGAUAUCACCAUCGAAAUGUGGAGGAAUGUGAUCUGCCUUCAACUCAUUUUGGCGAACAGAUCCAAGAGAUUCUGAGGAGACACUGUGCGUUUGAGCAGAUCUCGUCGACUCAAAUCAUGUCGCCAGGAGAGUUCCUGAAUUUUAUAGACUGCAGAUCAAGAAAUACGGCUUUUUGGGAAAGGAAUUAUCCUGACGCUGAUGUACUGCGCUUCGGAGAAUUCGUAUUUGCUCCCGUAUUGAAGGGUCAGAUUGACGUGGAAGAUUUUUUCGAUGUCGCUUUGCCGGACAUUCCAUUUACAAUGAACAGCUAUCCCGAGCUCCUGACGUUUGUUUUCACCAAAUCACAAUCACAAUUCGGCUUCACGGCGUUUCCAAAAUUAUGCGAAAUGCUAACAAAUUUUGAGCAGCAAUUUCCGGGAGUUUUAGAUAGAGCUGAGAAAACGGCUUUGGAAUGUCGCAAUCUAAAUCGAGCUCUCUUGUUGUAUGCAGCUUGUUGUGUUGUUAGAAGAAGCCAGACUAUGAAACAAGAAAAUGUUGCCGAGAAGGGAGAGGAUGAUAUGGAUAUGUCAGGCGGUGACGAUUGGGAGCCAAUUAAUCCAGCUCUUGAACAUGCUGAUUGUACCAUUCUUACAAUACAUACUGCUUGGUUAGCUGGAGAACUAGGCCGGCCUGCACCAUACUCGAAAGUCGUCGGUGCCAUCGGUGCAUUUUUACGCGAACAGAUUGCCUCGUUAGCAGCCUCUGAAAAAUGGAAGUCUGAUGCGCUCGAAGAGCACCUUUCGUCUUCUGCUCAUAUCGUAGAACUACGUACGCUACUUCCACACACUUUGAACUUAUCAUUGCUUCGUUGUGAGAUUGCAUGGGAGUUGGUGAGCUUGUGGUUCAAGGACAGCUACGAGAAUGGUGAUAACUUAGAGCUUGCCAUGGGAUAUUUGGGGUCUAUUGACUGCGCUCGUCUUCGACAUGGAGUCAUUUCACUGAUGUGGCAAAACUUUAUUCUCGAGCGAUUCAAGGAGGUGAUUUUAUUGAUCGAGAAGACUGGUCGUGCACCAAAGGAACGCGAAGCUCGGAAGCAGCUUCAUAUGCCGGAGAUUCGGGUGGUAGAAUUUCUGUCGAGAUGUCAUGAACUUUUAAAAAUGUUGAUGGAUGACGUCAGGGAUCCACCACCACCAUCGCAAAUACAACUAGAAGAUUUUAUAGAGAUAGCGCAGUCUCAUCCACCGUCAUCUUUACAAUCAUUAAUCACUUUACGAGAUUCUCUGGUGGAAUUAGCCAACCGACAAGCGCUUGUUAACUAUCACUUAGUCUUACAUCAUUAUCAUCUUGCCGUAGCAGCUGCCAUUCAGCUUUCAUCAGGAAUUCGCUUGCACAUACUUAGCAUCCUUUUCUGUCCUAUCGGACAACGUGCAUUUUUCCAUCCCCUAGAUUCACACCCACUUAUACCGCUUGAAAAAGUUGACGAUGCUGUAUUGGAGCGAAGACAUCAGUUUUUGGCUAAGAUAGCCGAGCAAGGAACAGACGUAGAUCGAAGGCUUGCGAGAGUCUUGUCAUGUGAAUGGAAUCUGACGGUUGACACCAUCCAGUCGACGCAAGUUUUAUGCCAUCUGCGAGCGGGACAAGAUGAAGCUGCUAGCAGAGAAAUGACCGGGAUCACUCAGACAGAGUCGUUCGUACAAACGAUGGCUAGACUGCUUGCUGCUCGCACACUUCGACUUGCUGAGGAGGAAAAAACUGUGCUGACUGGUGCACAUUUGAGUUUCUUGACUACCACAGCUGGGGAUGAAAGAAUGCGAGUUGACUGGUCGAACUCAGAUUGGAAGGAGGCUGUUCGGUCAUUUGGGAGGUUGAUUUCUGCGCUUUCACUACAACCCCAAUUUCUUGCACCAUUCCUUCGAAUAAGUGGAAUUACUACACAAUACUGGGCCAUUUCUAUCUUGGAUUGAUGCUUAUUUUUUCUAUACUAGAAUCGAGGAAUUCUGUUACACAGACCAUGUAUCUAAAUGUUCCUCAAAUUAUACAAUUACCAUCGCAUGGGCUUGUGAUAUGUACAUAGUUUUUUUUUUGUAUUUUCGGUUAGGGAUGAGAUGUUUGCUUUUAUCUCACAGUGAUUGCCAAAAAAAUGAAUCAGAUUUUUAUAUAUAUUGAAUGAUAACAACAAGAUAAGAUAACAACUCUCAUCACUGAUGGGGAUGUGCUAUCUGUUUUGGAAUUUGUACAUUAAAGUGUUCUACUUCUAUAGUCUCCCUACUUCUUUGCCAAAGGAUUUUUCUUUUCAUACCGUCCUGGAACUGGCACGCUGCGUUCCCAUUCUUCCACAUGAUUUGGUGGGAAACUGUAAAGCUGUCAUUGAGGAUGUCAUGAUUAGGAAGAUUUACAUGCUCUGUUUUUCUAUGAUGAUUGAACUUGUCAUUGCUAGAAUCUGUUCCGAACACUAUAUCAAAAUCUCAAAUCUGUUAGUUUACCCCAAUUUGAAAAUAAUCAGAUAAAAUGAUUCACC